GAAAGACAGAUAACAGCAGUGUGAAGUGCAGACUCUGGAAGGAGAGGAAUACAGGCACCGCCAAGAGGAAAGCAGUCAAGAAAGUGACCAGGGUAGGAGAGGCAGGCCUGGAAAAAGAGUCAAAGCCAGAGGCAAAGAACAAGAAAAACAAUAAGGACCUAAAGGAAGUAGGAGUGUAGAGAGUCCACAGGCAGGGGGAGCUGUGAGCCAUGCCCCAUAGCUCUGACAGCAGCGACUCCAGCAGUUUCAGCCACUCAUCUUCCUCCAGCAAGCAGGAAUCUUCUGAUGACAUGAGAAAAGUGCAAAGAAGGGAAAAGAAUCGCAUUGCAGCCCAGAAAAGCCGGCAAAGACAGACGCAGAAAGCAGAUACUCUACAUGUGGAGAGUGAAGAUUUGGAGCGGCAGAAUGCUGCAUUGCGCCGGGAGAUCAAACAGCUGACAGAAGAAUUAAAGCAUUUCUCUGCAAUGCUGACUUCCCAUGAGACUCACUGCUCUAUCCUUCACACACAACCAUCAGUGCCCUCAGAGGUGAUUUAUACCCCACUCUCCUUCCACCAGACCCACAUCAGCUCUCCAUGUUUCCAGCACUAAGGCCAACUGCUUGGACUGGGAAAUGCCUGCAGACUCUGUAGAAAAAAAGGCAAGUCCUCAAGUGGGUCGUAAGUUUGGAAGCAUUUAUUCCUAUGCUGACUUGACCAUCUUCUGAAAAAGGAUGACAAUGACUAGGACUGGGCCUGAAUGUGGAAACUGGAACACGCCAGAGCUACUUGUGGGGGGUUGUGUUUGUGAACUACAUCUAGAAUAAAUAGGAAAUGGGAGAUGGUAUCAAGACCAAUUCUUCCCGUUACCUGGGAGAAAGAACAGGCUUAUAAAUG